CUCACGUUGUGGCUACUGUCUACCUACAAAAUAUACACUAUUAUUUGGAUAAACAUUUGGAUACUUAUACUUCCUAGAUCAGGAUGCCUUUCAAAAGCGGAUUAGAAUUAACUGAGUUGCAGAAUAUGACUGUCCCUGAGGAUGAUAACAUCAGCAAUGAUUCAAAUGAUUUUACAGAGGUAGAAAAUGGCCAGAUAAAUAGCAAGUUUAUUUCGGAUCGGGAGAGCCGAAGAAGUCUCACAAACAGUCACUUGGAAAAAAAGAAAUGUGAAGAAUAUAUUCCAGGAACAACCUCAUUGCAAAUAUCUGUCUUUAAUCUCAGCAACGCCAUUAUGGGUAGUGGAAUUUUAGGUCUUGCCUUUGCAUUAGCCAACACAGGAAUCAUCCUUUUUGUGUUUCUAUUGUCUUCAGUGACAUUGCUGUCUAUUUAUUCAAUAAAUCUCCUGUUGAUAUGUUCAAAGGAAACAGGCUGCAUGGUGUAUGAAAAGCUUGGCGAGCAGGUCUUUGGCACUCCAGGAAAAAUGAUUGUUUUUGGAUCCACUUCUCUCCAGAAUACUGGAGCAAUGCUGAGCUAUCUCUUCAUAGUAAAAAAUGAGCUGCCUUCUGCCAUAAAGUUUCUUAUGGGAAAAGAAGAAGCAUUUUCGGCAUGGUAUGUGGAUGGGCGAAUUCUUGUUGUAGCCGUGACAUUUACUAUAAUCCUCCCCCUGUGUCUUCUUAAGAACUUAGGGUAUCUUGGAUAUACUAGUGGAUUUUCCCUUGGUUGCAUGGUUUUUUUCCUCAUAGUGGUUAUCUACAAGAAAGUUCAACUUUCCUGCCCAGUACUGGAGCCAAGUGCAACAUCACCUAUCAUAUCAAAUGUUAGCUCAACACAUGAAGAGAUGUGUCAACCAAAGUAUGUUACCUUUAAUUCCAAGACUGUUUAUGCUUUGCCUACCCUUGCAUUUGCAUUUGUGUGCCACCCAUCGGUCCUUCCAAUUUACAGCGAACUUAAAGAUCGCACACAGAAGAGAAUGCAAAUGGUUUCAAAUAUCUCAUUUUUUGCCAUGUUCGUUAUGUACUUAAUGACUGCCGUUUUUGGCUAUUUCACUUUCUAUGACAAUGUGCACUCAGAUCUGCUUCACAACUACCAGAGUAGAGAUGACAUCCUCAUCCUGACAGUGCGUGUGGCUGUCAUUUUUGCAGUCAUACUCACAGUGCCAGUGCUGUUUUUCACUGUGCGUUCUUCUUUAUUUGAGCUGGCUAAAAAAACAAAAUAUGACUUAUGCCAUCAUAUUGUGGUUACUAUUGUCCUCCUGAUUUUCAUCAACCUGUUAGUAAUUUUUAUCCCCUCAAUGAAGGAUAUUUUUGGAGUUGUAGGAGUAACUUCUGCCAAUAUGUUGAUUUUCAUUAUUCCUUCAUCGCUGUAUUUAAAAAUCACACAUCGGGAUACGGAAAAAUUUACUCAGAGGAUUUGGGCUUCUCUUUUCAUGGCAUUGGGAAUAUUGUUUUCCCUAGUGAGCAUUCCUUUGGUCAUCUAUGACUGGGUGCACUCAGGAGACAAUGCUGAAGGCAACUGAAGUCAACAUCAUGCUGAAAAAGAUACAUCCCUGUUUGCUACUCACCAGAAUCACCACCAUUCUGUUUUAUCUAUCCCAUCCAUUAUGAGUUUACUCAAAUCAAAUCCAAAUAAUGAAAUACUGAUAUAGAUGUAUUUGCUUGCAGAAAAUGCCCAUUUCCCCAACAGCAAUAUCAGUUUCUCCAAUUCCAGUGAGUUAUCAAAUCAAUGUUAAGGUUGUGUUGAUUGUCUGCGAGGGUUUAUAUGGCUUUGCCACUUGGUUCCAAUCAUAAUUAAUUUUUACUCUUCUGGCCAUGAAUUAGAUUGUUCUAGUACUAGUCUUAAAACUUCCAAACCAUAAUAUUUAGUCCUUUGGAGCAAGCAAUGUAUUUGUUUUUGUUUUGUUUUACAAAUCCAGAUUCUAGAAUAGUUUUCACAAAUGAUGUUCAGCUCUCACCAUCUCUUUUUUAACCAAAACUCUACUCUUAAAUUGCAUACAUUUGAUCUGGCUUUUCAUUACUAUUUUGUAAACCACUUCCCCUCAUUUAGUAAGUGUAGCAUUCUGGAGUGUUUAUAUGAAGGGCACCAUGAAAGCAUCAGCUGGUGUUAGAUAACAGUAUGUCCUACACUUGGUGCUGCUCUUUUAAAAAAAAAAAAAAAAGGUCAUUGGAGCGGCCAGCCCAAAUGGUUGAGCUGAUAGCACAUCAAAUCACUGUGCAGAGACACAUACUCAACCAUGAGUGAUCUUAGACCAAGAGGAAUAUAAAACCCUUUUGAAACUGACCAGAAACAGACUUGGUAUAGAGCACUGAACAUUUGAAACCAACCAGGAGAAGGCAGAGCUGAUUUCUGUGUGAAAGGAAAGAUUCAGAAAUAUGCAUUUUCUUCCAUAUAAACCAAUAUUUACUAAAUACAUCUACACUUUUCAAGAAAAAAUGAAAAAUUCCAGUUAUAUCAAAAACCACCACCUUUAGUCAUACUUAAUGCCUUUUCCUUUAGGAUAGUUUUGCAUAUACCUAAAGCUGACCUUGUAAAGAAGUUAACUUAUUCUUUUAGGGUCAGCCCUCCUCCGAUUGAAGUCAGUGUGUGUUUUGACUCCAGUGGGAACAGGAUCAGGCCCUUAUGCAAAACUGGAUUCUUAAUUGGAAUCAAGCCAGAUUUUUAUUUUUUUAAUAUCUCUUUAAAUAGAACACUUUUUUAUAUUUAAAAAGCCUAUUUCUGUUUCUUCGGGAUCAAACAAAAAUAGCGCUAUAAAUUAUUUGCAGAGCCACUCUAACUUUGCAUUUAUGUUGUGGCAUAUUGUCAGUUUGGAGAAUGGCUCAGGUUAGAGAUUCGGGUACUAAGCAGAUGAUCUUUAUCAUCACAUACCGAAUCAUUUUUAGUAAUAAUGUACUGCCAGGGACACAUAUUUGUUCAUGUUGUAUUGUUCUUGAUGUGUGAAUUAGAGAGAGAGUCUGAAUUCUGCUGUCAAACAU